GGACGGGCGCGGGCUGCGCCGCGUCAGGGACACCGGCACCUGCCCGCGGCCGGAGGGGCGCCGCGCCCCGUCUGCCGGCAGGGCGAGCGGUGCCCUGAGGGCUGAGGCGGCGUUUCGCCCGGCGGCAGCUGCCGCGCCACCUCCGCCAGAGGAGCGGGCGGCCGGGGACCCUGCCCGGCGGCCUCGCCACCUCCGGCCCCAGCCUGCCUGCGGCCCGGCCGCCCCCCCUUGCCUCUGCUGCGCCGGGCUCCUUGCGUUCCUGCCGAGCUGCUUUCCCUGGACAUAAGGGACAUUGUUGCGUGAUAGAAUGGAUGAACAAUCACAAGGGAUGCAGGGGCCUACUGCUCCACCAUUUCAGCCACAGAAAGCCUUACGACCUGACAUGGGCUACAAUACACUUGCCAAUUUCCGAAUAGAGAAGAAGAUUGGCCGUGGGCAGUUCAGUGAAGUUUACAGAGCCACCUGCCUGCUGGAUGGGGUACCAGUGGCUCUGAAGAAGGUUCAGAUAUUUGAUUUGAUGGAUGCCAAAGCCCGUGCUGACUGCAUCAAAGAAAUAGAUCUUCUUAAGCAACUGAAUCAUCCAAAUGUAAUCAAAUACUAUGCCUCAUUCAUUGAAGACAAUGAACUGAACAUAGUGUUGGAAUUAGCAGAUGCUGGAGAUCUCUCUAGAAUGAUAAAGCAUUUUAAGAAACAGAAGAGGUUGAUUCCCGAAAGAACAGUUUGGAAGUACUUUGUUCAGCUUUGCAGUGCCUUGGAACAUAUGCAUUCUCGUCGUGUUAUGCAUAGAGAUAUAAAGCCAGCAAAUGUGUUCAUUACAGCUACAGGAGUAGUAAAGCUUGGAGAUCUUGGACUUGGUCGAUUUUUCAGCUCCAAAACCACAGCUGCACAUUCUUUAGUUGGUACACCUUAUUAUAUGUCUCCAGAGAGAAUACAUGAAAAUGGUUACAACUUCAAGUCUGACAUCUGGUCUCUAGGCUGUCUGCUGUAUGAGAUGGCUGCACUGCAGAGUCCCUUUUAUGGUGAUAAAAUGAACUUGUACUCUCUAUGCAAGAAGAUAGAACAGUGUGACUACCCACCUCUCCCUUCAGAUCACUAUUCAGAGGAACUGCGACAAUUAGUUAAUAUGUGCAUCAACCCGGAUCCCGAGAAGCGCCCCGACAUCACCUACGUGUACGAUGUAGCGAAACGCAUGCACGCACACACCGCCAGCAGCUGAGCAGCAGCAGGGCCGCGAGGAGCAGCAGCCACGGGCUCUGAGUGAACCAGCCCACCCCUCUGCGUGUUACACUCAUGUAAUUAUCUGAAGCUUGCUGUUGUGCUUUGAAUUGUAAACCAAUUUAUAUACAAGCUUUGUUGUUUUCUGUUUAUUUCUGGGUUUUGUAUUUUUUACUAACUCGCAGCUGUACAACAGGUUUAAAUUUGUAAAGCGCAAUUUUAAAGAUGCCGUGAACCACUGUUUCCAUGUUAGUGGGUUCAAGUAUACUUUCUGUAAUAACAAAAUUGUAUUCAGUUGGGCCUCAGUUCUAAAACACAGUUGCACUUUUGCACAUGAUACAGAUAUUAGGCUUAUUGUCAAGAAGCAAAAUGUCUGAAUCUUUCACCUUUUUAUUAACUUAUGGAAAGUAUGAAUUAGCACAGUUAACUUUAUUUUAAUCCUUGUUCUGAAAGGAACAUAAUUAUUACAGGAGUUUAUUAUAUUUUAUAUUGAGUUGUAGUUUGCAGCUCUUGCUGUGAGAGUAGACAAGGAAUAGAAUUAGUAGUUCUCUGCUUGCCAAAUGCAAUGGAAAAAAAAUUUCAGGAAAAAUUGUCAUGCUGAAAUUUUUGUAACAUCCCCUUUUGUUUUGUUAGUCUCUCAUAAUACACAAAACAUUUGUCGGAGGUUUUCUGGGAAAAUUUAAGGUGUUGAUUCAGCAAUCGGGUCGUUUUCAAUAGACUUGUGCAGCACUACCCUGGGGCAAUGGGAGUCUGCAUAGUUCAGUCUUAAAAACAUGCAGAUGCUUCUUGUAGCCAAUAGGGUUCUUUUGUGGCUGUCCUUAGAGCAGGUCUGAUUAAAAGAUGUGAUCUUUAAGUUACAACUUCCCAACUGCUUGUGUAUAUGUCAUUGUUUGUAGAUUUUUGUGUUUAAAAUAAUUUGAAUGACCUUACAGUAUAUUUAAGUUUUAAUUUUUUUUCUAAAUACUGAAAUCUUUUAGCAAAGAUAUAGUAGUCUAGGAUAACACAAAAUGUAUUCUACAUAAAUAUAUGAACUUUGUAUACUGUAUCUUGAGACAUAGUUUUAUAUUUAGCAGAAGUAAAUUAUAGCUUUUAAGUUUAAGAAAGUUGAUAUGCCUUAAUUUGGGAAAUAAUUAUAUAUGUAAACUGUCUUAUACUUUAUUAGCUUAAAAGGAAGUGCUCAAUAUUUUUGUUAGACCUUAGUGCCUUUUGGGGUAUGCUUAUAUAAUAUUUUCGUUGUUAAGGAAGGAAUGUGUCUUGUUUUUAAAUGUGGUAAAAAUGGAGAGUGGAUUGAAAUUCCUUGAGUUUCAAGACUACUUUUUUAACGGAACUGUCAAAAGAUAAUUAUUAUCAGUGAUAGCAGUAACAGCUCCUUAGCUGUCAGUUAAAUCUUUUUCUUUAUGAGGGUAAAAAGUUAGUUCAAAUAAAAGCAGCAGUCUGUACAUACACAUAUAGGUUCUAGAUGCCGUCACAUCCCUGCAUACUCAGAUUCUUUUUCACUUGUUUGUUUCUCUGUGCAGCUGUAAAUUUUAUUUGAUAUAAUGCUCAAAGAAUAAAAAGCCAUUUGUGGAGUUUGUGUUCAAGGGAGGGUCAGGGUUGUUUUUGGUUUUGUAUUUUUUAAAACUACAAAUAACAUAAAAAUUAUGUUUGGAAAAAAAAUGGAGUUUUCAGAUGGUAUGUGCCAGAUCAUCAGCUUAUCUUAAUACAGACUUUUUAAAUUUUUUUGCUUCCAGAUAUUGUAGGACAAAUUGUUUUAUUGUUUUAUUUUAAACCUAGUUUUAUUUCUCACUUCUGUGUGCACUCAACCUUAUAGAAGUUUAGUGGAACAGUUUGUUGGAAAGAAGUGUUUGAGAAACUUUUUUUGUGUUUAGCAACCUCUAGAUUUAUUUUCAUUUAUUAAAUGGUUAUAUAAUUUAAAACAUGAUGGUUAUAGUCUGUAACAGUGUUUCACAUGUCAUAGAAUGAAAUGCUUUGUAUUGAAAAAGGCAGCACAAUAUUUGCUUGACUACCAGAAUUUGUUCUUAAUAUGCACGAGUACUCAAAUUUUUGUUUUCUGAAAUGUACUAAAACAUUUAAAAAUCACCAAAAAAAAAAACCCAAAUGCAAUGCAGGUUAUUUGUGUCUUAUAUUAUGCCUAAAGUAUUGAACUUUUCCUGCCAGAAAUUGCUGAUAGAUAUCCCUUCCCUGGAAGGGUAUGUUGAGUACAAGAAUAAUGAACUAAGAGUUAGCCAAUGUGUGUACUUAAGCACUUAAAUUUUUCAGCAAUGUGAGUUUUCUAGGAUUUAUGAUUAAAUAUUGUGCUGAGGAAAAGAAAUAAUUGUUCCUGACUUCAAAUCUGUGAAAUGAAUGGUGCAGUUGACUCUGGUACCAAACUCUGUAAUUAAAAAGCCAAUGUGGGUUAAUAGAACUGCUUCUGUAAGUGGGGAUUGUAGCAUCUCUCCCUAAAGUAAAGUAAUUUAUGAAAAUGGUAAGUCUUGUUAUAACACUCAAGUGUGUGCUCUGUGCUUAUAAAAUAUUUUCUUUUGUAAACCACCAUCCUAUUUUUCAUAUGUUGAUGAUAACAUUUGGCACUAUUUAUUUUAAGCUAUGGCAUUAUGUGUUUAUUUUCUUUAAAGAAAACAUGUUACAUUUCUACCCAAAAUGUCUGACCAGCUCCUCCUUUUAUUUCAGUAAUGCUUUAGUAUUAACUUGUGUCAGGAGUGAACUUUGUGCUUUGAAUGACAUUGCAUAAAAUCCCUUUGUCUCGAAAGCUCCCCUGCUGUGCAGUAGUCCAAUAGUCCAAUAAAACCUACAGAUAUUAAAUGUAAUGUAAAAAUUAUAGUGUUUUUAUGAUAUUUUUUCAAACUUUUCUUUUUUUAUAUAUAUAUAUAUAUAUAUAUAUAUAUAUAUAUAUAUAUUACAGUAGAUGGUACCUAUCUUGUGGACAACUUAUUGCUUCCAGUAGUUGAUUCUAGGUGAGAUUUCUUGACUGUAACAAAAGACAAUACACUAAAGAAAAAUAAUCUUUGUAUUAUUUCUUAAAAGGCUAUUUAAAAAUACUGUAUCCAAUAUAUUGUGUGUUUUAAACUAAAAUUUUCGACUAAAUUAAAACUAUUUUCAAGUCAUAUUAAAAUACUUGAUAAAGCAUAAAAAUAACAAAGAACUCCCACUAUGGCCCCAGUCCUGUGAGCUCUUGUUUAUAUUUCAGCUGGUUUUUAUGUAAUUCCAGUAAUUUUGAGUCAACCACAUCUACAGAAACAAACAGUAAUCAGUAGGGUAGAUAGAAAUGAUGUGCUCAGCUCACUUUUUAUACUCUGUGUGUCACUGGUUUGGUAGCAGGGAAUAAUUUGGGUUUUUUCCCUUCUUUUGUUGCACUCCUAAUGAUCCACCUUCCAAUUGUAUGAGCAGGCAAUAGAAGUGUGUUGUCUUUGUAAUGAGCAGAAACUUUAAAAGCAUGCCAGUAUAGCAGAAGAUGAAAUGCAGUAUUAGAAGUGUCUGAGAAGGCUGGUGUUUUAUUCAUGCUCGUGAUGAGAAAAGCCAUAGAAUGGAAUUCUUGACAGAGGCUUGGGAAUGGAGAACUUUCAUGCCAGUGGUUCUCAGAUACCUCUGAAUGGGACCCAAAAUCGCAGUGAUGUUUGUUUGCAGCAAUCUGUCUGCUUAAUCUCUUACCUUUGCUGUUACACAGUGCAGUGGCAAUUUUAGCAGCUGAGUUGGAGUGCUGAUGAAUGCUGCAUUGGCUGUGAGAGAUGGUAGGAACAGGAGGAUGUGAGUGUCAACGCAGGUCUUGUUUUGUGAAGAUAUAGAGGUGCUGGAUGGCAGAGGUCAAAUUAUGUUUUUCCAUAAUUUUUAAUAGUCUUUAUCUACUUCAAUAAUCAAAACUUUCCCAACCCUGCCAUAUCCCCACAUUGUCUAGCCAGUGGCAGUGUUGAUCUUUUGAAUUUCUGAUCUCUGGGUGAGGAAAUCUUUCUGGUCAGGAGGGAAGUAGAGGUGCUCACCCUGCCUGGUGGGGUGCUGCUUAUGUUUCUGAACAUGACUCAAAUACAAAUGUUUAGAGUUGUUUUUUAAACUUUAUUCCCUUCUCUGACCCUUUGUUCCCUUCGCUGAUGUUUUUUUUAAAAAGUAUUUUCCAUUCAUAUUCACCAGUAAAGUUUUAUCACUCCUGGCUUCUGUAUCAUCAGUCCUGUUGUCAGCUCUAGUUUCUUCCUGGUUUGAAGUCCUCUAUAUCUAGUUUUCCUAGUGGUUAUUAGUUUGCAUCUUUCUUUGUGAUCUUGCUAAACUCAACCUCUUUCAGUCUUCAAAUUUCAUCCCUCCUCAUGGGCAGGUCAGUUCCUUUCUCCUGAUCAGUACUUUAAUCCUUUGUUCUUCAUUCUGUUUUUCCAGCCCAAUGCCUGUGAUUUCUAGUUUUAGAUAGAUUUUCUCACUGCCUCAAUGAUUCCCAUGACCUUAUCUUUACUAAAUGCUCACUUUAUUAUCUCCAAUUUCUAAAUUCCCUUUCUCUGAUCACUACCUGCUCUCUUUCAGCUUAUCUGUCUUUCUCUCUCCUCUACCCUGUCACUCACUCCUUUUGGGAUCUCCAGUCUAUUAACCUUUUUGACUCCUUCGUCUUCGCUGCUGCCUUCUUCCUUCAUUGGCCUCACUUCUUUUGACUCACUGGUCUUUAUUUUUAUCUCUGUCUGCUUCUCUGUACAUGGUUUCUUUGGCUGCUUCUCACAGUGCCCUGUCUUCAUUCCUCCCUCCAGACAUACUCUUGUAAUUUCUUAAUUUCCAUUCCAGCCUUUCUGAAUAUCUGAAGAGUGUGUCAGCACAACACAGCUUUGGACUCAGCUUUGCCUUACCUGCUUCAAUGCUCUUCCCAAAUGGACUUUUAACCACUUUUAUCUUACCUUUUUUUUUCUUUUCUUGUUGAGCUUGCUUGCAGAUCUGCUGUUCAUUUUCAUUCUUCAUUCAUUCUUGAUACAAGAUCCUUUUCAAAGUUGUUUUUAUUCUUAGAAUCUGUUUCUGAAUUGAACUUCUCUGCCUCUUAACUGUGCAAGUUUGCCAUUUUUAUUUCUGUACCUUUUAUGCCUCUCAUUCCUUUCACUGAAUUACUUCUUCCUUAAGUAGCAACCAAGUUUCUCAUUCAUCUGUUUUGAAGAGGAUGGCACCCAUCAUCAUCAUCACUGUUUCUGGUUUCUAAUACUUUGUCCUUUUUUCUCCCUCUCAUCUAAUUUCAUGGACCUAAAAACCCUUUCUCCAGUUUGUUCGUGUAUUUUUAUGUUCUACUUUAUUUGAAUGCCCCCAAAAUCCAGUACUUUUCUCCCCUAGUAUGGUUCUCCCAUGGUUCUAUCUUCAGACUAUUCCUUUAGUGUCCAGCGAGCCUCAGACAUGUUCAGAUUCAAAGAUCUGAUUUUUAUUUCUGACUCCCUCUAGACUAUUUUCUAACAUCCCUGACAAUUUUACUUGCCUGUUUUCCAAGGCCACAACCUUUCUAUCUGUGACACUUGUCCCAUGCCUGCGUAUCAAAUGUCUCAGAGUUAGAUAUAUCAAGAGUCCAGCCCUCUUCACUAUCUGUUCUUUCUCAUCUUUUAUCUUCACUGAUUUAACCUCUGUGUCAAUUUGGCUUCUUUUCUCCCUUCAAAGUAUCAAAACUGACAGGACUAGUCAUUGGACUUUCACUGUUUUGUGUGCUGAAGAAGGAACUCCACCAAAUUACUACUUGUUUUGUGUUUUAAAGAGACCUGAAUCCCACAAAUCUGAUCUUAUUUCAGUACUGUGGAGUUGGAAUAGAUUGUUUCUGCAAGUACAUCGAAAGUCCUUGAAUUUGGGCCUUUAGUUUUGUCAUUUCAGAUAAAGAUUUUUCCCAUAAUUGCUUUGUAUUAACUGUGUGUAACUUUGUCUUGUCUUGUUCUUGCAGAUACAGCUAACAGUUGUUUUCUUGCUGUAAUAACUUGAUUUCGGUUCUUUUAAGUAUUGCUUGAAAUAAGAAUGUGCCUAAGAGCUUUCCUGGCUGGGCACAGAGUUGGGCACAGUGCUCCUUUCUGUUCCUGUGCCACCCAGACCCUCCAGGUGCAGGACUGAGCUCAGUGCUCUACUGCUUCUCUAUCCAUGCUGCCCUAA